UGGUUGGUGGUGUCCUGUGGGAAACAGGUAAGUUAGUUAUGGUUGGUGGUGUCCUGUGGGAAACAGGUAACAUCAUGGUUGUCCCCAUCAUCAAAACGAUAGGUCUGGGCCUGGGACUGUGUAUCUGGGGCAUGGUCAAUCUGCUCAGUGGCUGGGCCACAGGAAGGUUUGGUUUAUUUGGUAUUACAAAGGAGAUCCCUGAUAAUCCUACCAUGAACUAUGUUGGAGUGGCAGUGGCAGUAUCCAGUGCUGUGGUGUUUUCCUUCGUGAAGAGUACUAUCCAGCCUCCGUCUGACAGUGAUACAACAGAGCAGGAUGAGGAUUCAGAUGCCUUAGUAUCAAGUACAUUUGGUAACCCGAACGAUUCCUUGUACUCUACGACCACUGGACAGGAGGACUUGUUGUUUAACAGACCAGCAAAAUCUAUAAAUGGUUUGCGACACGACUCCACAGAUGGAACACUCCUCGACAGAUUAUCUCCCAACAUGAAGAGACUUGUGGGUAUUGUGCUCUCGGUUAUAUCUGGAGCAUUAUAUGGACAGAUCUUUACUCCUACACUGUAUGUUCAAAGCAAUAGCCAAUCUUACCCUUCAGCUAGCAAAAACGGUCUGGAUUACGUUUUUGCGUGUUUCUGUGGGAUCUACCUAUCAAGUACCGUAUAUUUCUGUAUAUACGCCCUGGUAAGGAGGAACAAACCACGCGUGUACCCACGGGUCAUUGUACCGGGAAUCAUCUCUGGUAUCAUGUGGGCUGCCGCAACCGCAUCCUGGUUCGUCGCCAACAAGAUUUUGUCUGAACCUGUGGCAUUCCCGAUCAUAACUACCCUUCCCUCUGUAGUGGCCUCCAUUCUCGGCAUAUUUGUCUUCAAGGAGAUCCGAGGAAGAAAAAAUAUUUUAAUAUUACUGGUUGGGUUUUGCAUGGCUGGAUCUGGAGCGGUGUUAGCGGGAUUCUCAAAACACGGCAAGCAGUGCCACCAUUGACAACAGAUCUUACAAAGCGAGACGUUCCGAAUGGUGACAAAUCGUGCUACAGGGAAUGUAUAACUUAGUGAUGUAGUGCCUCGACAAGGGAUAUGUGUCCCAAACAUGAAAGUGACGAAAUGUGUCUCAAAACAUAACAGUGACGAGAUGUGUCUAAAAACAUAACAGUGACGAGAUGUGUCUAAAAACAUAACAGUGACGAGAUGUGUCUCAAAACAUAACAGUGACGAGAUGUGUCUAAAAACAUGAAAGUGACGAGAUGUGUCUAAAAACAUAACAGUGACGAGAUGUGUCUAAAAACA